CCCAGAAAUUUAUUUUUAUUUUCAUUUUUUAAAAAAGAAAAAGGAAAGCAAGAAAGCGAGGAAAAAGAAAAAGAAAGAGAGAGACCCACACAGAACAAAAACAGACACGUCCUCCGUCGUUCGUUCGCUUCGAUUGGAUCAAAUCCAUAAUGCGAGAAAACAAAGUUUUUAGAGAGAGAAAAUAUGCAAAUUUACCUGUUUUUAGAGAGAGAAAUAGAAUUAUGAUUUCUUAGCUACGUCUGCCCUCUUUGGAUUAACCUAACAUAACCCUAGUGUUUUUUUGUUUAAUUUUAUUUCUUUUUUUGAUUUAAAACAAACACGGAACUCUAGAUCUUUUUUAUUUUUUUCCCUCUUGAUUUUUCUGUAGAAUUUUUUUAUUUAUUUCAAGUGAUCGAAAAUUUGGAUGUGUUGGAAUUGUCGUUGCGGUUGAUUCGGUGUUUAGUGUCACCGUAUAAUUUCCUCGUUUUUUUUAUUUGGGGGAUUUUCUAAAUUAGGGUUUCGGAUUAUAGUUAGGGUUUCGAAUUUUCUUCCUUCUUUUUUUACUUAUUUUAAGUCGAGUUGAUGGAGCCUCGUGUGGGUAAUAAGUUUCGUCUUGGUCGUAAGAUCGGUAGCGGUUCUUUUGGAGAGAUCUAUCUGGGUACGAAUAUUCAGACGAAUGAAGAGGUUGCCAUUAAGCUUGAAAAUGUGAAGACUAAGCAUCCUCAGCUGCUAUAUGAAUCAAAGUUAUACAGGAUCCUGCAGGGAGGAACUGGGAUUCCAAAUGUGAGAUGGUUCGGAGCUGAGGGAGAUUAUAAUGUUCUGGUUAUGGAUUUGCUUGGACCUAGUCUUGAAGAUCUAUUUAAUUUCUGCAGUAGGAAACUCUCAUUGAAGUCAGUUCUCAUGCUUGCAGAUCAAAUGAUCAAUCGUGUCGAAUUUGUUCAUUCAAAAUCAUUCCUACAUCGAGAUAUUAAGCCCGACAAUUUUCUCAUGGGCUUGGGAAGGCGUGCGAAUCAGGUCUACAUCAUCGACUUUGGUCUGGCUAAGAAAUAUAGAGACAGUUCAACGCAUCAACACAUUCCUUACAGGGAAAAUAAGAAUCUGACUGGAACUGCAAGAUAUGCAAGCAUGAACACACACUUGGGCAUUGAGCAAAGCCGUAGGGAUGAUUUAGAGUCUCUUGGAUAUGUGCUCAUGUACUUCCUAAGAGGAAGUCUUCCUUGGCAAGGUCUGAAGGCUGGAACUAAGAAACAGAAAUAUGAGAAAAUUAGUGAGAAGAAGGUUUCUACUUCAAUCGAGGCCUUAUGUCGAGGUUAUCCAACAGAGUUUGCAUCGUACUUCCAUUAUUGCCGUUCACUAAGGUUUGAUGAUAAGCCAGACUAUGCUUAUCUUAAAAGAAUAUUUCGUGACCUCUUCAUUCGUGAAGGCUUCCAGUUUGAUUAUGUCUUUGAUUGGACCAUUUUGAAGUAUCAGCAAUCACAGCUGGCAACUCCUCCAGCUCGAGCUGUUGGCCCUGGUGCUGGAACAAGUUCUGCCAUGCCCCCUGCAAUUGCUAAUGCUGACAGACAUACAGCAGGGGAGGAUGUUCGAGCAGCUGGUUUGUCAUCCAUGGAUUCCUCUCGGCGGAGAACAUCAGGACCCUUGAUGACUUCUGGAAGUUAUGCAAAGCAGAAAAGUCCAGUUGCAAAUGACCCUGUAAUUACUAAAGAUUCUAUGUUUAUGGGGCAGUCUGGUGGAUCCACUUCAAGGCGAGUUGCUGUUUCUAGCAGUCGUGAUGCAUUUGCUGUUAGUGAGGCUGAGGCCCAGCGUUCUCGUACGACUGAUGCUAGCCCUGGAGCAUUGCACAAAAUUUCAAGUCAACAACGAAGUCCUGUUGAAUCUGCUGAUGCAAAGCGGACAUUGUCUGGGAGAAACAUUCAUGUCAAGAACUACGAAGCUGCGCUCAAGGGAAUUGAGGGCCUGCAAUUUGAAAGUGAUGAGAGAGUUCAUUAUUGAAUGCUCAGCUAUAUGAAUUGUUGUAAACCAUGAGAUGGUUGAUGUACUACUACUACUACAUUUUAGAAGAAGUAUGCUUCCUUCUUUUUUUUUUUUGGGUGGGGGUGGGGGAGGGGGGCUGUUUUCAAGGAAUUUGUAACUUGGGAGCUCCUGGUAUGAUUUGAGUGCACCCAAAGCAUAAAGUUGUCCACCGAUGGAAAGCUUGUGAAGUGAGAAUUGACUGCAUCAAAGUUGUUGCCUGUGAGGCUAGACGGUGUGGUGUGGCUACUAUUUUCCUAACAGUUUUUAACUCCUGUUUUUGUGGUGUACCUUUCAUUUAAGAUAUCAUAUGCUUUCUCAGUCAUCUGGACUUCUUGAGGUUUGAAACUUUUAUGGCAUUGUAAAUUUUGUACUGUAUUCAUGUUACGCCUUGUUCUGACGUUUUCUUUUUUAUAUUACUGCUCCGAAGCCAAAUUUAUAUGUUCUUUUUUCU